AUGGGUGUCCCAAAGUUCUUCCGCUGGCUGAGCGAGCGGUAUCCUGCCAUUUCGAUGCUCAUCGCCGAGAGCCGAAUCCCCGAGUUCGAUAGCUUAUACCUUGAUAUGAACGGCAUCAUUCACAACUGCACGCACAAGGACAGUGACUCGCCAACGUUUCGUAUGACCGAGGAGCAGAUGUUUAUUGCCAUUUUCAACUACAUUGAGCACUUGUUUGGCAAGAUCAAACCAAAGCAACUUUUCUUCAUGGCCGUCGACGGAGUCGCGCCGCGAGCAAAAAUGAACCAACAGCGCGCACGUCGCUUCCGAACCGCGCUGGAUGCCGAGGUGGCAAAAGAUAAGGCCAUUCAACAAGGCUUGGAAAUGCCCAAGGAGGACGCCUUUGACAGCAACUGUAUUACACCGGGCACCGAGUUCAUGGAGAAGUUGACGCAACAACUGAAGUACUUUAUCAACAAGAAAAUCUCGGAGGAUUCCGAUUGGCAAGGCGUUGAGAUUGUUCUUUCAGGUCAUGAAGUACCGGGUGAGGGAGAACACAAGAUCAUGGAGUAUAUCCGGCGCGCCAAAGCGCAGCCUGGCUAUCAUCCAAAUGUUCGCCACUGUCUCUAUGGUCUCGAUGCUGACUUGAUCAUGUUGGGUCUUCUCAGUCACGACCCUCACUUCUGUCUUCUUCGUGAGGAGGUGACCUUUGGUCGUCAAGUUUCUAAGAAGCCCAAGGAACUCGAGCAUCAGAAUUUCUACCUCUUGCACCUCAGCAUGGUCCGUGAGUACCUGGAGCUAGAGUUUCAGGAGUUGGAAGAAGAAGGCGCACUCAAUUUCAAAUUUGACAUGGAGCGUGUGAUCGACGACUUCAUCCUGAUGGCAUUCUUUGUCGGCAACGAUUUUUUGCCCAAUCUGCCCAAUUUGCAUAUUAAUGAAGGUGCGCUGGCGCUCAUGUUUAAGAUCUACAAGGAUGUUCUGCGGAGGAUGGGUGGAUACAUCAAUGAGGAAGGUGUGAUCAACGUGGAACGUCUUGGAGUCUUGGUCGAAGCUCUGAGCGAGGUUGAGCAUCGUUUCUUUCAGGCCGAAAACUCAGAUGCACAAUGGAUCAAGGCUAGGCAAAAUGCAGGUUUGGGAUCUUUCGAGGUGAAGCCGAAGCCCAAAGAGUCAACCAUCACCACAAGUCAGCGAGAUCUCCUCAAAACGGUGAAGAAGUACGUUUUGAAUAGACCGGGAAAGGCAACAGAGCCCAAGCCGCUCGAUUUCCCGUCCACGUUGCCAGCCCGUGAUCGCGCUUUCCUUGAGACACUCGCAGACGAACUGCGACUUCAGUGGUCAACCGUUGACAACGAGCAUGGUGAUCGCUUCAUGCGCCUCCAGCUUCCACAAGUACAUGUGAAUGGUGACGACGAGGAUGAUGAAGACGAUGACGAAGAUGAAGAGGCGUCCAUGGCCGUGCAACGUAUCAUCCGCAAGUACGAACGUGCCAAAGUUCAGGAUAUGACUGUCGAGGAAGCGCAGCAAGCCGCCGAGCAGAAGUACGAUGCAAAAUUCCAAGAAUGGAAAGAUGCGUACUAUCGUUCGAAGUUUGGCUGGGGACUCGAUAACGAGGAGGAGAUGAAAAAUUUGACCGAAAACUACGUCCAAGGCCUUCAAUGGGUGCUUUUCUAUUACUAUCGCGGUAUCGCCUCAUGGCCGUGGUUUUUCAGAUAUCAUUAUGCACCCAUGAUCUCAGAUGUGAAAAAGGGACUGGGUGCCGACAUGGAUUUCAAGCUGGGUCAGCCUUUCCGACCUUACGAGCAGCUUAUGGGUGUCUUACCAGACCGCAGUAAGAAAAUUGUACCCACUGCCUAUUGGGAUCUGAUGACAUCUCCCGACUCGCCUAUCAUUGACUUCUAUCCCCGGGACUUUGAUCUGGAUAUGAACGGGAAGAAGAUGGAGUGGGAGGCAGUUGUCAAGAUUCCUUUCAUUGAUGAGACGCGUCUUCUGAAAGCCCUGAAAACCAAAGAGCAACUGCUCAGUCCACAAGAGAAGGCUCGCAACAGCUUUGGAGUCAGUCUCAAAUUCACAUACUCCCCCGAGGUCAACUUCGUGUAUCCGUCCUCCAUGCCUGGCGUCUUCCCCGACCUUCCGAACUGUCACUGCGUGGAGAACAUCUUCGACCUCCCCACAAUGGACGGGCUGGAACCCUACAACGGCCUGAUGGAAGGCGUCCAUCUUGGUGAAGCCGCUUUGGCCGGAUUUCCCAGCAUCAAGACCCUACCCCAUGUCGGACAGUUGGGCUUCCACGGCGUUACUGUCUUCCAGCAAGAAAGCCGCAACGAAAGUCAAGUCAUCACACUCAUCGACCCCGGCAGUCGGUCAAGCAUUGAAUUGGCCAAACAAAAACUUGGGAAACGUGUCCAUGUAGGCUACCCGUAUCUUCAAGAAGCGCUUGUCGUUCGCGUCUCAGAUGAGCUGUUUGACUACAUCCUUCCGCCUGGUGAGCAGCACGUUGUGCAGAUUCCUCACACGCCUCAGCAGAUCGAGCAAUUCAAGAAGAAAGCGGACAGGAUCGAGGGUCACUAUAGCAAACGUCUCGGAAUGAUCAUCGGGACUGUGGAAUCGAUGGUCCAUAUUCAACCUCUGAAGGGCAUGGUCAAGACGGAUGACGGUGCUGUGGUCAAGGACUUCGCCGACAUACCUGGUCAAGAGACUGACUUCUCACUUCAAACCGUCGUUGACGAUGUUAUCAACCCAGACGAACGCUUCAUCGAGAAGGAAGCUGUUCCCAUCGAAGAAGAGUUCCCUGAAGGCUCACGGGCAUUCUUCCUCGGUGAAUUCAAUUACGGACGCCCAGUUCAUAUCACAGGGCACUCGAACGGCAAGCUUAACGGGUUUAUCGCAGCCUUUAAGGAUCGAGAACCUGACUUUGGUAAAGCUCGUGUUCGUGAGUCUGAACAUCAUUCCCCGUACAUGCCUUCCUAUGCCAUCGCUCGCAGUCUCAAUCUCAAUCCUCUGGUACUAGCCAAGAUUACGUCCUCAUUUACUGUUGACAUCGGCGGGACCAGGGUCAAUUUGGGAUUGAACUUGAAGUUCGAGGCUCGUAAGCAAAAGGUCCUCGGAUAUUCUCGCCGUGGACAGAGCGGAUGGGAGUUCAGUCAGAAAGCAGUAGAAUUGCUGCAGCAGUACAUGAUCAAUUUCCCAGAAUUCAUUGCUGGCAUUCAGCGAAAUCCUCAAAAGGAUCGAUAUGCGCCAACGGACUUCUAUCCGGAAGAUAUUGCUUUUGCAAAGAUGAAGGAUAUCCGCGAGUGGCUGAAGUCCUUGGAAAGCAAAAACUUCGAAAGGGUGCCUCUUGAUGCCGAGCAACUCGAUUCCGACAUCGUCUCGCUGAUUGAGCAAGAUGCCGAUAAGCUGAGCGUUUCCGAGAUACAGGCCAAAAAAGUUCGGGGUGUACCCCGUGGGGCGCUUCUUCGCCCCGCUGAUGUCGAACAUCGACUGGGCAAUCAGACGUUUAAGCUCGGUGACCGUGUGGUCUACUGUCAAGACUCGGGCAAGGUCCCCAUCGCCACUCGCGGUACAGUCGUCGGUCUUACGAGAACUUCUCGCGCACUGUUGCUUGAUGUCCUCUUCGACGUGUCUUUCAUGAGUGGUACCACCCUCGGGGGUCGCUGCUCUCCGUUCCGCGGACAGACUGUGCUCGCGUCGUCUGUCCUCAAUCUUUCCUAUCGUCAACUGAUCGCUACUUCUCGAGCAGCAAGUAGCCAACAUCCAAACCAGCAGCCAAUGCCGCUUACUGUUGGUGGUUAUGGCGCUCCUCUGGGUCCGAACGGGCAAGGCCAGCUGAGAAAUGCACCUGCCCCUCCGCCAUUGCGAGGUUCUUUCAGGGGUGCGGUUUCGGGUCAGAGCGCCCAUCGGGGUGGACAUGUCGCCAUGAACAACGGCCAGCCGAUGGCCCUCCCCCAUCGUCCCCAUCCCGGAAAUGGCACCCCACGAGGCCCCCGCGGGCACGGCAACCGGGGUGCCCGUGGCGGGUUCCGAGGAGGCUACGCUUCUGUUGACAACAGUGAUCCUAGUGAGGGAAUUGUUCAGAACAAUCCCAAUUUCCGCCCAAAGAACAUGUCCUCUGUGCCUCCCCCGCAGGGACUGGACCGGGGUCGCGGACGCGGACGCGGUCGUGGUCGUGGUGGCAGUGGACAACGAGGUCGCGGACGUGGUGCACAAGGCAGCGCACCUGCAGUCUCUAGCCAGUAG